AUGCCUUCUCGGGAUUGGCUGGUAUGCAUAGGUAGGAAGGCUGUGCGACAAGCCAAUGAAGGAGUGGGAUUUUGGGGAGUCAGUGUCUCCGGGAUACAGCCCGGCGCUGACUGUUCUCGCCUCGGCCUGGGGAAGCUGCUGUUUUCUCAGGGAUCUUUGUCCCGCAUGACUCCGAUCGCUCGGGCGCGGAGGGCCUCUGCGGGUGAAGUGCAGGGGCACAGCGAUACUCCUCGCAGAACCUCCACAUCCGGGCUUAUCGUCCUUCCUCGCUCCUGUGGUGACGUCUCCGUGGCUGGGGCAGAGUUGGAGAAAACUGGAAGAGCUCCGUCCAGCCGCAGCAGAUUCCUAGAGGUGCGCAACGAAAAUGUGUGUGGAAGCCAGUGGUGCCAGAUAAAGGGAAAUGCAGCACAGACCGUUACCGGACACGUAGCGAGGAGCCCUCCGGGUAGCGCUUUUCACACACGGUCAAGCUCAACUCUGAGGAAGGUGGCACAACUAGAAAGUAAAAUCAUGAAUCGAAGGAAGCAGAUGGAAUCGCAAAACACUGAUUUGGGCCUGAAGUCUUUGGGUGAAGAGUCCUCCUCAUCUGCUUCCAGUCAUGAACACAGUGCAAGGGGCAAGAAAUACCCGAAGAGUUAUGCUACUGCCAGUGGAAACAUGACACACAGUAAUGCCUGUUCUAAAGAAGAGGAAAACAUCAAAAGCCUUAAAAAGAAUAUUGUGGUUAAACCGCAGCUUGGUUUGGAUGGUGGUGAGGAGGAAAUGAGAGAAGUGAUGGACAAUUCUUUGGAUUUUUCUUGUGGAAAUGAGAAUUGGAGGAGUGUUGGUAAGAUUCCUAUUUCAUCAGAAAUGCCUCCUCCAUCUCAAAAGGCAGCUUCACCAGCAGAGGUAUCUAAAGCAUCUUAUUAUAGCAAAGACUUGAUGAAAAAUGGUUUUGGUGGAGUUAAUUCACCAACACCACUGGCCAGCAGAAACCUGUCAGUACACCAUAACAUGAGAUCUCAGGCCCUGUCCUCUGUGAAAGACAGUACUGUAAAGAUUACUCUGCUUGGAACAGACAACACCAAGCAACUCCAAAUAUCACUUGAAAGUGACAGAAGUGAAAUAAAAUCAUUGGAUGACAUGUUUUCCAAAGCAGCUGAUUCAGAAGAUUUCAUUAGCAGGAGCUCAGAUGGCUUCAGACUGAAUAUUCUAAGCCUUGAUGAUUUGACACCAAAUACCACCAGUGAGGCAGUAGAAUUAAAGCAGAAAGAGACAGACAUUCAAAUUACUCAAGGAUCAAACAGAAAUCCAAAGAAAGAUACAUCCCUAGUGGAAAAAGACCAGGCUUCCCUUAAAAUGGCCUGUGCAAUAACUGGCAUGAAUGAUGCUUCUGAAGGGGAUGAUGAAAACAAUGUGACUGAAGCUGAAAUCUCUGAGCAUUUAAGUGGAGUUUCUGCAGAUUCCCCUAGACACAAACAGGAUUAUCUCUAUCAUGAUGAGACAAUUUUUAACUCAGCAUAUUCUGAAGACUUUGAAAGGUCUCUAGUGGCAACAGACAGAGGAUCUGUAUUGAAAGAGUCAGAAUAUUCUGAGAGCUGCACCUAUUCUGGAAAACACCCAUCUUCAGCAUCAUCACCUUCAUCUACCAGAAAGCUGUGUGGCCAAGCAUGCAGAGUCACUGUCAAAGAAACUGGGGUUCAAACAGUAGACCCCUCAUUUACCUACUGCUGGCCAAAGGCAAACACCUCUGCAGUACUUGACCCACCUGUAGGAAACAGUUAUGUUGAUCCAGUACCUAUUGCCAGUCACGUCAUCAGCAUGGAUGCAGUAGAAGCCCUGACAGCAUAUAUCCCAUCAGUUCUUGUUUUAAAUGCCAUGUUGAAACAGCACUUGAUGUUGACUCAGCAGUUUGUAGAGAACAUUCGGCACCUUCAUUUAUCCAUUGUGGAGUCACUGGAGAAUGAGAAGUUCCACUACCAUACCCUGGAAGAGGCUAAAGAGUACAUCAGUGCUCACAGAUCUGCACGUCUAACAAUCAACCAAGUGCAUGAAGAAAUUGGGAGAGCACAGGAGGAAAAGCUGCCUUGA